GAAAAACUUGAACUGUGAACCCGGUUGCAUUAGUCCUUUCCUUUCCUGUUUCGGCUUUCUAAAGAGACACACAUAGCAAUGGCACCUCGUAAGGGUAAAGAAAAGAAGGAGGAGCAGGUGAUCAGCCUGGGACCCCAGGUGGCCGAGGGGGAGAACGUGUUCGGCGUGUGUCACAUCUUCGCCUCCUUCAACGACACCUUUGUCCACGUCACCGACCUUUCUGGCAAGGAAACCAUCUGCCGUGUGACCGGGGGGAUGAAGGUGAAGGCCGACAGAGACGAGUCGUCCCCCUAUGCCGCCAUGCUGGCUGCCCAGGACGUGGCCCAGCGCUGCAAGGAGCUGGGAAUUACCGCGCUGCACAUUAAGCUCCGCGCCACCGGGGGCAACAGAACCAAGACCCCAGGACCAGGAGCCCAGUCUGCCCUCAGGGCCCUGGCCCGCUCCGGCAUGAAGAUCGGACGCAUCGAGGACGUCACACCUAUUCCAUCAGACAGCACCCGCAGAAAGGGAGGACGCCGCGGCCGACGUCUGUAAAUGUGCUUCUGUUGAGCUUUUCACUCAAUAAAAGGUUAAUCCCAA